UCAGGUGAACACCAAUCGAGGCGGACGUUUUUUACUUGGUGAUCAAUUCCCCUCUCUCAGUGAUCUCGAGCAUAUCGCGAUCGUGAAGAUUCUUGCUUGAAGAUUUUUUUUUCUUUUAUUAAAAAAAAAUACAUUUUUCUUGAAACUGUGCAACGAGUUUUUAUUUUAUUUGAUCAGUUGAUCUUGGUUGUGUUUCUUGGUGUUUUGGGAAAUAUAUAUAUUUUUUUUAUCUUUUCUUGUGAUUCUUGUGAGGUGAAGUGUGGAGGUUUUACUUUUUUGGGAGGAAAAUCUCACGAGAUAAGUGCGAAGAGUGAAUAUCGCACGGGGAAAUCAGACACCAACACCGGAGAAAUCAUCGAGAUGCACCGCGAGGAUAAAAUUUCAGGCAGUGCAUCACAUACCUGUUAGCAUACGAUCACUUGAUCUUGUCUCUUGGGACACACGGAGGUGGUCAGCGAGCCCAUCGCGAGGGAAGAGAAGAAAACGCAGAAGAUCGAGAGUGACAUUUGGGAGUUUCAUUUCCCCUCGCUCCCCAUCAGGAAUCCAUCAGUGAGAUUGCACGCGCGCAUACACACCGAGGAAGAAUGUCUGUAGAACCAGCAAAGUAUCAUUCAGCGGCUCUUCCGCCAUCUAAGGGUCACUUUCGAUCGUCAUCACUUGAAAAUAACAUCUAUACACCCAUUAAGAGUGCAACAGCCUCAUCGUCACCCCUCACAUCACUCCAACUACCCUCUUCGCAUGGGAUGCCCUUCAGUACGGGCACGCUGAAAUCACGACGUGAACAGAAACGACUCACGGACAUUGUGGCACAGCACCAUCGGAUGAGCUCUGUUGAUGAUCUCAAUAGUCGAAAGUCACAAUUUCGUCUCAUUCGAGACAUCUUUGAGCAGAAUAAAGCUACAAGUGAGACCACCGCACCCCCACAACCCACACACGAUCACCACCCACCCGAAAGUACCAACCCCAUUCCUGUAAAUGGGGGGAAUGAAGCCAAACCACCCAAAAUUCAAUCAUGCAGCGGAGUCCUAGAACAGGGAAAGCAAGUGAUACGACCUAUAGCCUUCAAACCAAUGCCCUACAUUGCUGGUGAGCCUGUAAAUCAGAGAUUUAGCGACUUGGGCGAUCGUUAUGGCUCUACACCAUCUCUUGGGGCCAAUUUGGGGAAUAACCUAAAAUUCGGCAGCACAAGCGACUUGAGGUACAAUUGCAGCGUUGGUAAUCGUAAAUCACUACACUACUACAACCCAUACGACAGCCUAGAAUCCAUAUCAAAGUCCCCCGACUCAAUUGCAACUAGUCACAGUACAUUAAAAAUAAUGCCAUAUCACCAUCACAAUCAUCACCAUCACCAUCAUCAUCAGGACCUAUUGGAUAUGACACCAUCACCAUCAGACUCGGGUAUAUCAGAAUUGGAAGCAGCACUGCGUGAUCGUGACUCGGAACUCGCUUAUUUGCGCCAAACAAUGGAGCACAAUGAAAAAGUAAUAUUUAAAGUUCAUCAGGAUAAGGAGAAACAUUGGGAGGAUGAAGUGAAACGCCUCAAAAUCAUUCAUGAAAGUCGUUUGCGUGCCAAUGCACAGAAAAUUCAGAAGCUAGAGCAAAUGCUAAUGAUGCAAUCCUUCCAGCUGCGACAGCAUAAAAAACGUGCCGCUGAAGAUGCUGAACGCCUCAAUGGUACAAUAAGUGAGGUGAGGGAUCAGUGUGAACGGUACAGGAAUGAGUUGUGUCACCUUAAGAUCACCGAAAAAGACCUAAAGGAGCAAAAUAGUGACCUAGCGGAGGAGGUGGAAAUACUACGGCGCAUGAUUGCGGACUUUAAGGCACGCCUCGAGGAGACAGAUUGGGCCAUUUGUCAGAAGAGUGGUGAAACAGCCCUGCUUAAGUCACAACUUCGCGAUGCUCAGAAUGACCUCAUGGCAAAAGAUCAGGAAAUUGCUCAACUCCGCAUUGAGAUUCGCAAUCAAAAUUGGGAAGACAGGCAAACCCAUAAGAAUGCACAGGAGACCACAAUGGAUACAGCUUUGGAAGUUUCACAGCUGAAUCGCAUAAUUAUCCUCAAGGAUCAAGUUAUAAUGGCAAUGACAAAUGAAAUUCAGAAAUUACGCAAGGAAUUAUCCGACGUAUCCCUACUACAGAGCUACGAAGGCAUCCCACCGGGACGCAAUACAGUUGGAAGGUAUCGCAGAGAUAUCCUUGAUUUCCUCUACACGGAAAAUGAUUCAAAUUCCGGUGAGGAACGCAAUAAAUGCCCCGAAAAGGACAUCACAAAAUGCCUGAGUAAGAUGGAGGAGAGUAAAAGAAAUACCCUGCAGGACUACCCAUUCCUAGCAAAGGUGGAAAAUAAUCCAGACAAGAAGAAAACACCAACGAUAGAUGAAAUGAAGACAAUCUUCCUCAAUAACCAGAUCUACCCGUACGACUGUAAGGAUAGUGUCAGUAACCUAUUCAACAUGACCCUCAAUCUCCUACAACCCGCACCAACGACUAAAAUGGACCAAGAAGACGAAGCAAGUGAAACGGAGAGUAGUAAAUGUGAUAAGUCACAGGCUUCGUCACCAACCACAACAGCAGACAGUACAGAUGAUCAAGUGAAGCACCUACAGACGGAACUUGAAGAAGCAAAGGCCAGUUUUGACCAAGAGAAGCUCAAAUGGGCAGAAGAGAAGGAGAAAGUUCUCUUCUACCAGCGACAACUACAACUAAGCUACAUGCAAAUGAUAAAACGUACACAAAUGCUAGAAGAGAAGCUCGAAGCGAAAGGAAUCUCUGGGGAGGGUAGUGAAAAAACAUCACCAUCUUAGGGGUUAUCUUAAUACAAAAAAAAAAAGAUAGUUAAUUUUAUCCCUAAUAGACCUAGGAAUUUCUUACAAGCUAACACAGCCUAGGAAAUUGGUCUUUAAGCACUUCAUAAAAAAUAUUAUCUCUGUUUUGAAGUUUGAGUUCCUAUUCAAAAAAUGAAUAAUGAACGAGUUUCUAGCUUCUAGAGCUUAUAGACUAGAAAUUAUAGCUUAUAGAGUUGCUAGAAUUGAAAUUCUAGCUUCUAGUGUUUCUGGACUAGAAAUUCUAGCUUCUGUAGGUUCUAGACUAUAAAUUCUAGCUUCUAGACUAGAUACUCCGGAUUCUAGAGCUUCUAGACUAGAAAUUUUAGCUUCUAGAGGUUCUAGAAUAGAAAUUUUAGCUUCUAGAGGUUCUAGAAUAGAAAUUUUAGUUUCUAGAGGUUCUAGAAUAGAAAUUCUAGCCUCUAGAGGUUCUAGUAUAGAAAUACUAACUUCUGGAGCUUCUAGACUAGAAAUUAUAGCUAUAGACUAUAUAUUUCAGCUUCUAGAACUUCUAGCCUACAAAAUCUUGCUUCUAGAGCAGAAAAUUAUUAAAAAUCAGAAAAUUGAAAAAACAAACAAAAAAAAUCUCUAUUUCUAGGCUGUCUUAGCUUAUUACGCACAAACCUAUAGAUCUAGGUCCUAGCAAUCAAUCACUUUCCACGCAACAAUCAUUUUGCAUGUAGAAUUAAUAAAGCAAUGCACUAUUUUUUGUAUACAAAAUCUCAAACUUUUGACCACUGAAGCCUUACGAAAUUGCAUUAGAUAAUUAAAAUUUUGAUUUUAAUUCUCAUUAGGAAUUAAAGAAAAAUAUUUAAUUUCAAUUUGUGAAAAAAUCUUAAUUUCUUCAUAAUGUAUUUUGCUUUUCGACACAGCAUUGUGGAUUUUAGAUGCACGAGUAAGAAUUAAAUAAAAAAAAACAACAUUGGCUCUCAGCCAGACAUUUCUCCUAUUUAUUGCUCCUGUAUAUAAAAAUAAUUUUAGUGAAUAAAUUU